CUCAAACACCUCUUGGCCCCAGCUGCUCUCACUCAUCAGCUAGUGCCAGCACUCACUCUCUCUCUCUCUCUCUCUCUCUCUCUCUCUCUCUCUCUCUCUCUCUCUCUCUCUCUCUCUCUCUCUCUCUCUCCAGCUCCUGCAAAUUUGGCUUCUCAAACACCUCUUGGCCCCAGCUGCUCUCACUCAUCAGCUAGUGCCAGCACUCACUCUCUCUCUCUCUAAAUCUCAAAUCCCACUCUUAUCAUCCUGUCUUGCUGCCUCCUGACCUCCAAGCUCCCACACUCCCAAGAAAAAAGAAAGGGAGAAAGCUUCUAGCUUUGCCUCCCCCCGCCCCCUCCAGCCCUGCUAAAAUGUGAUGUUGCCAUCCAUGCGAUUGCUUCUAGUUUAGUCCCCCACUCCUCUCGUCCCCUGGUUAUGGGUUCCGGCGAGGUGGAUGGAUGCGCAGUGCAGUUGGAGCAGCAGUAGGGGCGCCCAAGAAGGUGGGGGAUCUGGAUCCGAGGCACCACCACUGGGUUCCUCACAGAGGCGGCGGCGGCGGAGAAGGAGGAGGAGGAGCGCAGCAAGAAGCUGAUGAGCAGCAGCAGCAGCACCGGCUGCUGCAACUCCACCAAGAAGUGCAGGACCAAGAGCCGCCGCCGGUCCCCGUCUUCCAGCUCCAGCAUCUGCAGUCGGCGUCCGUGAGGCAGCGGGGUUUGUCCGCCGAGUAUGCCCUUCUCGCGCCCAUGGGCGACGCCGGACAGUCCCACCACCACCACGGGUUCCAACCGCAGCUCCUGUCCUUCGGAGGAGCCGGCCAGCACCACCUGCACCAAUUCACGGCGCAGGGGCAGGCGCCUGCGGCAGGCGCGGCGUCUCACUCGCGGUCGCGUGGAGCAGGUGGAGGCGGCGAGAUUGUGGCAGCGACGUCCGCGUCGCACUCGCGCGUGAGAGGCGGCGGGGAGAUCGUGGCGGUGCAGGGAGGACACAUUGUGCGGUCGACGGGGCGGAAGGACCGGCACAGCAAGGUCUGCACGGCGCGCGGGCUGCGCGACCGCCGCGUGCGGCUGUCGGCGCACACGGCCAUCCAGUUCUACGACGUGCAGGACCGGCUGGGCUACGACCGCCCCAGCAAGGCCGUGGACUGGCUCAUCAAGAACGCCAAGGACGCCAUCGACAAGCUUGAAGUGCUUCCCGAGUGGCAGCCCACAGCCACCGCUACCAAUGCCGCCGCGCCGCCGUCCUCCUCAACCCGCCCUGAUUCCAUGGAGAACUCGGACGACCAGGCGCAGGCUAUCACCGUCGCGCACACAGCGUUCGACUUCCCCGAAGCCGGAGCAGGAGCCACCGGUGGCGGCAGCGGCACAGGCUUCCUUCCGGCGUCGCUCGACUCGGACUCUAUCGCGGACACGAUCAAGUCGUUCUUCCCCAUGGCUGGCACGGGAGGCGGAGAGGCGUCGUCGUCCACGGCGGCGGCGCAGUCGUCGGCCAUGGGCUUCCAGAGCUACACGCCUGACCUCCUGUCGCGCACCGGCAACCACAGCCAGGAGCUCCGGCUGUCACUGCAGUCUCUCCCAGACCACAUGUUCCACCACCAGCAGCAGCAGCAGGACCGGUCGCACGGCCACGGCGGCAAUGCCUCCUCGCAGCAGGCACUCUUCCCCGGCGCUGCCAAUUACUCAUUCGGCGGCGGUGCCAUGUGGGCCGAGCAGGCGCAGAGCCAGCGCAUGGUGCCAUGGAACGUGCCCGACCCAGGCGGCGGAAGCACUGGCGGCUACCUGUUCAACGUGUCGCAGCAGGCGGCGCACAUGCAGGCGGCGCUUGGUGGCCAGAGCCAGUUCUUCUUCCAGAGGGGACCCCUUCAGUCCAGUAACCAGCCCUCCGAGCAAGGAUGGCCGGAGACCGUCGAAGCCGACAACCCGAUGCACCACCACCAAGGCGUAUCGGCCAUCGGGUUCGCCCCCAGCAUCGGCUUCUCCGGGUUCCGCAUCCCCGCGACGAUACAGGGCGACGAGGAGCACAACGGCGGCGGCGGCAAUGGCGAUAAGCCGCCGCUGUCUGUGUCCUCGGCUUCUCACCACUGACAGCAGCAGUGGAGCAAGAGAUUACUUCACAACCAACCACCAUGAGCACUACACCAUGUACCAGUAUCAUCCCCUUCAGCUCCUCAACAUGCACCCUCGUAGUUGAUUUGCUACUGCUGCUUCCUGAUGAUGUUGGUGAUUGCAACGAGGAGGAGCAAAGUUUGGAGCCAGUACUCCAGUGGUUGGUUGGUUGGUCGGUCGGUUUUCCAUCUCUUGUGCUGUGUCAUUGGUUUUUGCUUCAUGAACUCACUCAGAGCUUCUUAGAAUUAGGCCUGUGAGCUGUGAGAAUGCAGCAUAUUGUUGGUCAGCCGGCCUCUUUGUUGCAUUACAGUAGGUUUUAGUUGAUGUUCUAGCUGCUGUAGUACUUCACGCUUGUUUAAUUUCACUUGUUCUUGUUGGUGAUGCAUGCAUGAACGCUUAAUGUGCUACCUCCUGUUCUUCUUAACCUGAUAAGUGGAUGGGGACAGGAAUCUUU